AUGUCACUCUAUGCCAAGUUCCUAAAAGAGUUCAUGACAAAGAAAAGAAACUGGGGAGAAAAGAAAACUGUGGUGCUCACAGAAGAAUGUAGUGCAAUUAUACAAAAGAAACUUUUCCAAAAGAUAAAAGACCCUGGAAGCUUUCAAAUCCCUUGCAUCAUAGGGGACAUAAGCAUUGAGAAGGCACUAUGUGAUUUAGGAGCUAGCAUCAACCUUAUAUCAUUGGCCAUGAUGAAGAGAAUGAGAAUUAAAGAGGCCAAACCAACAAGGAUGGCACUCCAACUAGCUGAUAGAACAUUCAAGUUUCCUUAUGGAGUGGUGGAAGACUUGUUGGUUAAAGUGGGAGAGUUCAUCUCCCCAGUUGAUUUUGUUGUGCUUGACAUGGAGGAAGAGUCUAAUGCAUCCAUCAUACUAGGAAGACCAUUCUUGGCAACAGCUGGAGCUAUAAUUGAUGUGCAAAAGAGAGAGUUGGUCAUAAGACUACAUGAAGAAAAGAUGGUGUUCAAUGUUUUCAUUGCAAUGAGCUACCCCAAGAAAUCCAUUGGAGAAUGUAUGAUAGUGGACACAAUGGAAAAAUUAGUUCAAGGAGUCCUAGAAGAAGAUCAAUGUGAAGAAGCAAGGGAGCAAGAUCAUCAAGCAUCAUGUGGUGAACUAUCAUAA